GUUUGCGCGCCUGACGACCCGCUAGCCAUGCCUCUCGACUGGCUAUGGGAUUCUUGGCACCAUGUGCAUCCCCACGAGACCUCCUUCUUCAUGGACAAGGAGUCCCUACGGAAUACUAUGGCGGACCUCAGCAUAGGCCGGCGCGCCCACGCGGCUUUGGCGGAAGGGUCCACCCGGGAGUUGCAGGACAUGGCAGCUGCGCACAAGGCCAUGGCGGGUCAUCAUCGCCGUCACUUGGAAGCAGACGCUGCCAGCCAACCCAAGGCUCCAGGUCGGAUGUUUGCGGCGCUGGAUGAGAGGCCAGCAGCCAAAGCCAAGCGCGUGGGUCGCUGCAGCUUCUUCCCGGAGGCGGGAACCGGGCGAGUCACCUACCAGUGCUGCAACCAGGAUGGCUGUAAGAGAGCCAAAGCGCCAGCGCACGUGGCCGGUUCGCACAAUGACCUUGUUUUUCGCGCGUGAGUCCAGUGUGAGGAUUGGCCUCUGAAAGCUCGUGAGGCUCUAGUUGAUGUGUUGAGCUCCAGCAACUUGG